AAAAACACAAGGACAGCAUGUUUCAUUCAAAACUGCUAUACUAAUAGGCUGUAUAGACUCAGCCUAUUAAAGUUCAAAAACCAGAACUGCUAAAGUUACUGUACUUCAUCAGUAUGGAAUCCAUGAAUGUUGCAAAGGAUACCGAAGAAGAUCGUGAGAUAUUGGAAGACUUUCCGCCAUGGAAACUGCAAGAGCUUGGUCUCGGGCGUGGUGUGAAUGGAACAGAUCCACGACCAUGGGUCAACAAAUCAUCUCUGCAAAUCCGAGAUAUUAUCAUGCAGCCUAUUUCAAAUUCCACUGAUUCGUCUCAACAGUUACUCAAAAGCAGCUUGAUAGGCACAAAUGAGGGUGGAAUCGUGCAUCACUUUGUUCAAGAAGUUACGAGUAUUAAGGAGCUGAAAGCCAUGCUGGAUACUUCAAUAUCAGUGCCAAAUUCACCUGUGACUGUGGGUGUAGGGGCUGAUCUUAUUCGCAGCAUGACCAAAACACAGAAAGCCAUUGGACAGAGAGUGCUCAAUCGAACAGUGACUUUCAAAGCUGAGUAUCAGGAUAAUGCUGAAAAUUUACUUGCUAAAUACAUUUUACAGAACGUAGGUGUUGAAAAGGAGGACAGUGAAACGUACUUGAAGAAGCUGAGAGAAUCAUCCAAACUGAAAGCAGAAAGUUAUUUUAAAGCAUUUGUUGAUCGUUAUCGUAUCACACACUAUGUGAGCUCUAUCACACUAGGAGCAAGUUAUUUCACUGUACAAUCCGAAUCUGAAUACCACAAGGAGGCAGGUAUCGAUGGUGAAAUUGGCUUCCAGCAAGUUGCUCAAAUUAAAGUCUCUGCCUUUUAUGUUUCUAAGUUGUUGAAGAAAUCUAAGAAUGUUCACGCUAUUGGAAAGCUCGGGCAAAAUGGGACUGUGGAAAAAGAGGCUGUAGUGGAUGUAAAGAUUGAACCAAUCAGUAGCCUGUUUCAGAGCGAUGAAUUCCGUGAUUGUAUGCAGAGUGUGCUGGACGAAUUCUUCCACAAGAAAGACUAUGGAAAAGAGGGUCCAUAUCUGAUCUCUUGCAACGAUGGGCUGGCUUUCCUAAAAGUUGUGCAGGAAAUUCAUGGACAAGCUACGGUCAUGGCCACAACAAAAAUUGAACAAGCCUCACAGUUUUAUGUCAUCCUCACUGAUGAAGGUGACUAUCCUUACGAGUUCUACAUUGGCUGGCAAAAAAGUAAGACAGGAGAAAUGCGAUAUCUGAAUGCACCUGUCUCGAUUACUGGUUAUCAUUGUGGACCUCUCACUUUUGAAAGCAGAGGAGUGAAAAAUCACAGCCGAUUCUCACUCAAUAGUCGACUGAUAGAUUAUUUCUGUGGUCUGUUUGUUCAAGGCAAUGACAACAUCAACCCUGACAUUUGGUUCAAGGGAUCUGAAUCCUAUUUGAUCAUGUGUAGCCGAAGAAGAUGGUGUGUUGACGGCUUCCUAGCUGUGCAAAGAAACAUUGGCUCUGAAACUGAAGAAUAUCGUACCACCAGUGUGUCGAAUCCAAGAACUUAUGAUGGUGAGAAUCUUCACAUGACAUUCCAGCUCCACCCAAGAAAAAAAUGGAACGAUCUGGGAUACCCAAUAAUUAGUGAAACUCGACACCCUCCCAGUACAGAAGCAAGGAGCCUUGAGGUUGCUAGUACUGACUUAACAAUCAAUGAAUGAUUUUCACCAUGCAUAAUUUCUAUAGCUAUUAAAUAGUUGCACUAAAGUAAAUAUUCGUUUAAAGUUAUAUGCAUGUGGUGUUCAUGCAUAUUACACUGUAUUAUUGCUAACCAAAAUUAAUAUUUAUAGUGAUAUCCCC